AAUUCACUAGCAAGUUGUAAUGGCCGGUGGCCGUGCUAUGUACCCUUUACGACCGGAUGCAUCUACCCUGAAAUAUGCCAGGAAGAGUGCUGAUGGACUAGACACAUGCCCCCAACCGGAGCAACGAGAUGAUACAUCUACUGUGGAAUCGUCAGUUCCACAAUUGAGUGGCACUUCCGAUGAUCCCUUAGAUCUACUAGGAUACAUAGUGGACAAGGCUAGAGGCCGCGAUAAACGCGUGGGCCCCAAAGAGCCAUCAUGCGAUGCCAAUCUCUACGCUAAGGGCGGUUUGAUUAAGCGGUCCAAAACCUCAGAAAGCAAACAUACUAACAAAGGCACGGUUGGUGAUAGCGGCCGUAGUUGGAAAGAGCGCAUAGCGCGCCGACGUAUGGAGCUUGGUAACAAGCCUAUGGAGCCCAUUCCUACCCGUCAGCAGCGUGCGCAGGUCCAAUGUGAUCCGAAAUCACAGAAAGUGACGAACUCUAUCAAUGGGUAGGUAGUGUGUAAGGGUGAUGUGUCACGCUGCCAUCUAUCGUAAACGACCUG